AAGACCACAUCCUCCUUAUUUCUGUAGAGAUGUUUUUGGUGAUAUACUGAUAGAGUAUUUCUCAUGUGUGAUCUACCUGCAAAUCUAACAGAGACGUGAGGAGCAGCUAUGAGUUUAAAAGCAGCAGCGAGUGGAUUGGUGGUCUUCCUUCUCUCUGUGCAAGUGGUUCAGGGUCAGGAUGGCUGGGGAGUGACUUACUCUUCUACUGAGAUCUGUGCAGUGAAAGGAUCAACAGUGGAGAUAAGAUGCAGCUACACAUACCCAAAAAGCAGUGUUACCACAGUUGAGAAAACAUUCUGGUUCACUAAACAGAAAGAUGGUAAACGUGUAGAUCUGACCACAGACUCAGAGUAUGCAGGUCGUGUAGAGGAUCUCUGUGAAAACAACAUCUGCACUCUGAGAAUCAGAAACCUGACAGAGAGCGACUCUGUGAAGUACAAGUUCAGGAUCAUAACAAACCAAGCAGGAAGAAAAUAUGUUGGUUCACCUGGAGUCACUUUGUCUGUCACAGAUCUCUCGGUGCAGGUGGAAAGCAAAGAUCCUAGCAGUGCAAACCUGAAGUGUCAGAGCAGUUGUUAUUUACCUGAUAAUGAUUACGUCUGGUACAAGAACCGUGAAAAGAUUCAAACAGCAACAUCUUCUUCCCUUCAAGUCGACUUGAGUUUUCUAGACAGCUAUUCCUGUGCUUUGAAAGGAUAUGAGGACUCUCUCUCCCCUUCAGUGUGUGUGACUGGUCGAGACAGCAACACGGUGACUUCCAUUCAAGGAAGUAUCUGCGCCCCCAAAGGAUCAUCAGUGGACAUUUCCUGCACGUACAGCAGUAAUGAAUGUAUUACAUCAAAGUUCUGGUUCAGUCCUGAGCGUAGUCAUCAGGGACAGAAUCCCUCUCAACCUGAGGACCUUAGUAAAGACUCCCAGUAUGCAGGUCGUGUUCAGAUCCUUGAAACAGAGAGAGGACGCUCCACUCUGAGGAUCUCUGACCUGAGAGACUCAGAUUCAGCUCAGUAUCGCUUCAAAUUCAAAACAACAGGCUUUGAAUGGGGGAGUGAUUUACCUGGUACAACUCUGACUGUCACAGAACGAGAUUUAGAGGUGCAAGUGAUCAAGUCUUCCUCUGGUCAAAAACUGGUUUGUCUCAGCAGCUGUCUUCUUACUGGUCAUCCUACAUUCGUUUGGUACAAGAAUGAAACGAAGAUUCAGGGAGAAACAUCUGCUUCUCCCGGAGAAUACGUUGAUUCUGCAAACAAUUAUUCCUGCGUCUAUGACGGUUACCGCUCUCGCCCAGUGUAUGGUCCAAAGCUUCCCUUUGUGUUGAUGAGUCCCUCUGGUGAUAUUAUCGAGGGCAGUUCAGUGACUCUGACCUGUAGCAGUGAUGAAAAGACAGGAGCUAACUACACCUGGUACAAGAAGAGUGGAAACGUUACAUCUCUGAAUAAAGGACCACAGCUUUUCUUCAGCUCCAUCCAGUCCUCUGACUCUGGAGAGUAUUUCUGUUCAGCUGAGAAUGAGCAGGGGAGAAGGACAUCUGAAAAAGUCUUUAUUAAUGUAAAAGAUACAUCCCCAAUGACCGUGAACAUCACCAGGUUCUCUGUGGUGGUUCUGGUGCUGAUUCCUCUGCUCCUUGUCUGUCUCUGGAUGAGGAAGAAGAAGACUGUGAGCUCCACCUCUGAAGCGAAUGAACCCAUAGAGACUGUGGAGUUGGAAUCUGGUCCUGAUUAUACUAACCUCUCAGACCUGAACAUGGUCUCUGCAGAACAGACAGAAGAACCAGAGGAGCAGGAGGACCUGGUCUGAAGAGGGAGACUGACCUGGAUGGAAACAGAAGGAAGUGAAACAUUGAAGAGGAAACAUUUACCUGUUU